AUGUCCAUCGCAUCACCAACGCCCAUGGGCGGAAGCCAGUUCACAACACUUGGCAGGCGAACGUCGGCAAGGCAGGCGUUGCGGCGCCCGCCAUCGCGACAACAACUAGCCCAUCGACAAACGUCCGACGCCAACCCGAUUGGGAGCUCUCGGCUCCCUGGUGCUGCAGACAGCAACCUGCAAGCUGGCACGCAAAAAUACGUCAACGACAACGACAGCUCCGACGAAGAGAUUCCGGUGCCUAUGAAGCUCAGCGCUCUCACGAAAGCACUCCUUGACGAUGGCGGUCCGUCAGCGGGUGCUGCUGGUGCCAAUGCGGCCCAACCGGCAGCUAUCCCCACGCGAAACAAGAGCUAUCUCGAUCGGGGCUUGGAGCAUAAGGACUCGGAGAGGGAGGUUAGCACCCUGCGAGAAAGUCGCCGGACCGUACGGGGUGGUAGCGCGCAGCUGACCUCGUCACCAAACCGCGGCGUUGAGCCCAGCUCUGCUCCGAGGAAGAGGGUCGUCCGCCUAAGCUCCACCAAUGUAAGCGUCAACACCACCCCUGGUGGGUCAAGCCUUCAAAGCAGGGUUCGGAGGUCAUCCACGCACAAGAGACCGCCAAGCAAGGACAGAACAGAUGAGAGACCUAAUGUAUCGGGUCCCGAGCCAGUCGCCGCCCAGGACCCCACUUCAGCCGCCGACUCUGGUGCCGGCAUUAAUACACCUCUUACAGGCGCCAGAAGAGUUCGCAUUGUGUCCAGCUCCUCAGCAACUAGAGGCAGGACUCCUGGAUCUGCUCUCAGGUCGUCCAGCUCGGCCGGCACAUCUCGCCUUCCAAGCUCUGCGGUGCAAAGUGACCACGAGCAACCGGAAGAGCCGAGGACGGAGCACAGGACUAGGACGUCACUUAACAACAGCAGCGGCGCAAAUACUGCAAGGAAACCUGACGACGCUGCUCCCCAGAGCUCGAUGCGCAUGAAGCGCAUCGGUCAGCUUCCGGGGAGCUUUCUCAGUGGUCCCGCCCGCCGAGGUAGGAGACGGCAGAGCGACGAGGAGGAAAACGCUCGAGCAGAUGAGCAAUAUCAGGAUCAAGAUAUGCAUGGAUUGCGGGAACACGAGUCUGAAAGCAUUGCAAGAGGGCAGCCUGGCUCAGGCGUCGGCUCGUCAUUCCACUCAUCCAGUUAUAGAGAUCAGGCUGCCGCAUCCGGAAGCCCAGUCAGCAUCAAGGAUCCGGCAAGAGUUGCGCUUCGCAACAAAACGUCAUCAGAUUCCGCUGCGAAGACAGACGCCGAGACUAAUAAGGAGAACGUUCCGCCUGAAGAAGCUCACGAACCUGCGCCGGUCUAUCAACCGGUGCUUCCGUCCGCACUUGACCAGGAGAACGCAGUCUCUGCCGCUGUUGCUAGGUCAAAAGAAAUCCGUUCCAUGCAGGACAAGCUGGCUGGCAGAGAUGCCGCGCCAAUCCUCCAAGUGCAAGCACCUUUCAUGCAAAAUCAAAGGGCCUCAUCACCAGAGCGCAAAGUCCUCUCUCACAUGAGCAGGAAUACCCCGCUCAGGCCAGCUCCUCCACCUCCACCCAAGAUGAGCGUAUUGGAUGCUGUUACUUCCACCGCGGGGGCCGCCACCACCGCCCAGGCCAUCAAGAAGCAGCGAGUGCUGCUCAAGGUCAACGGAAGGGCAUACAACAGACUGGACUGUAUUGGGCGAGGUGGCAGUGCAAAGGUCUAUAGGGUCACAGCUGAGAACGGCAAGAUGUUUGCCCUCAAACGAGUGUCCCUCGAGAAUGCCGAUACAACGGCGGUCAAGGGGUUUUUGGGCGAGAUUGAGCUGCUCAAACGCUUGUCUGGGGUUGACCGCGUCAUCCAGAUGUACGACUCUGAACUCAACCAGGAGAAGAAGUUACUCAGUGUGCUCAUGGAGAUGGGCGAGCUCGAUUUAGGUGACUUGCUCAAAUCAAGGCACAGCCAGGAGGACUACAAACUCGACACAGUCUUUGUUCGUUUCAUAUGGAAGGAGAUGCUGGAGUGUCUGCAAUCCGUACACGCCUGUGACAUUGUCCAUUCGGAUCUCAAGCCAGCAAACUUUGUUAUGGUCAAGGGGCGGCUUAAGCUCAUCGAUUUUGGCAUUGCCGGCGCCAUCCAGACUGAUGAGACGGUCAAUGUCCAUCGCGAGAAUCAAAUAGGGACUCCCAAUUAUAUGUCUCCCGAAUCGCUCAUGGACUCUGCUCAUUACUCUGCCACAGCGGCCAACAAUGGACGUCCCGACAGAUCCCUCAACCGCACGAGAGUGAUGAAGUUGGGCAAGCCUAGCGACGUCUGGAGCCUAGGAUGCAUUCUGUACCAGCUAGUGUACGGAACGCCGCCCUUCGGACAUAUCCCAAACCAACUCGCUCGCUGUCAGGCCAUUAUUGCAUGGGAUCACAAGAUAAGCUACCCGGAAAAGGGUGCCGGCGGCGUCUUUGUCCCACCUUCGCUCAUCCGAACGAUGAAGAGGUGCCUGGUUCGUGACCAGCAAUACCGGCCGACAUGCGGGGAGCUCCUCACUGAGACUGACCCUUUCCUCUAUCCGCAAGAGGUCGACAUGGACCGCGUUCUGCCGAUGACGGAGGAGCUCCUGACAAGGAUCAUCCACAGCGUGGUCAACCGCUGCCGCGACCGCAUGCCGACCGAUGGCGAACUCAUGACGGCGUGGCCAAAUGCAUACUGGGCUUCGGUGAAGAAGAGUGUGGGGAGCAAGGAGUCGAGAUCAUGA